AUGGUUUCUGAUGCUGAGAAAUACAAGGCUCAGGAUGAAGAAGCCAAGAAGAAGAUCGAAGCAAAGAACGGUCUCGAAGGUUACUGCUUCGGUGUUCGUAACUCUGUCAACGGCGAACUCGGCUCUAAGAUCGAUGCUGCUGACAAGGAUGCCAUUCUCAAGAUUGUCAAUGACACACUCGCUUGGAUCGAAUCCAACCAGGACGCUUCAACAGCUGACUUCGAAGCAAAGCAGAAGGAAGUCGAAGGUCAGUUGAUGCCACUCAUGCAGAAGGCCUACCAGUCUGCUGCUGGUGGUGCCGGCGGAAUGCCAGGUGGUGUUGACCCAUCUAUGUUCCAGAACAUGGGUGGUGCUGCUCCAGGUGCAAGUGCUGCUCACCCAUCUUCUGGCUCUGGCCCACGUGUUGAAGAAGUUGACUAA